AUGCAAGUCAAUGGAGAAACAAACGACGAUAUGGAGUCGUUUGAAGACCUGGAGUUCAGCCUGCUGGAGGAGAGGCGUGCUGUGCUGUCGCGACGCGAGGAGGUAGGGCGGGAGGCGUCGGAGGCGGCCGCCAGGUGUGGCGAGCGGCGGGGGCGGCUGCAGGCGCUGGAAGGGCAGCGACAGGCGGCAGAGACGCAGGCAGCCGCCUCCGCUCAUCAGCUACAGCUGCAGCGGCUCCAGCUGCUAAGGCAUAUCGAGGAGGCUCGCAGUCGACUGAUGCUGCUCGACCAACACAGGGAUAGUAAGAAGCAGAGCCAAGAUGAUUUGGACAGGAUAUCGAGGGUGACAUCGGUGCACCGAUGGAAGUCUCAACCAAUUCACUCGGCAGAAGAACAAUAGCAUCCUUACAAGAAAUUGAACGGAAUAGGCAGCUGCAUCUCGCUAAACAAGGUAGCCUGGUGAUAGAGGAGGAGCGGAAACGCGUGUUGGAGCUGAAGAGAAGAGUGCAGGAUGAGGCGCGGGCAGAAUGGGAGGAAAGGAGACAGCGCGAACACAACUGCCACUCACUCAACAGUGUCGGCA